ACUUUAAACAUUUUAGAGUGGUUUCCCCUGAAAGUUCUUUGUGCUGAAAAAAGAAUAAACGGUCUAAUUAACUUGCAACAUGGCUGGCGAAGUUAUUGUAGAUGCGUUACCAUAUUAUGAUCAAGGUUAUGACGAGACUGGCGUUAGAGAGGCUGCCGUUGCCUUAGUAGAAGAGGAAACUAGAAGAUAUAGGCCUACCAAAAAUUAUCUUGAUUAUUUACCAACACCAAAUUAUGACGCCUUUGAAACUGAAAUUAUGAAAAACGAAUUUGAACGCUUGCAAGCUCGUCUUCCAAUGGAUAUGUUGAGCAUGAAACGUUAUGAAUUACCAGCACCUUCCGCUGGAAAGAUGACAGAUGUUGCUGCAUGGAUGGAAUGUGUGGACAAUUCACAGGCUCAGUUGGAACAUCAAGCAACAAGAAUUUUAAAUUUGGAAAUAAUGUCGGAAUAUGGAUCAAAUGCAUGGAAAUCAUACAAUUCAGUUCUAGCUAAAAUGGUUGAAAAUGCACAGAAACAGCUUCAAGAUCUAAGAAAAAAGAUUCAAGAAAUAAAUUGGCAACGUAAAAAUGAACAAUCCCAAGCUGGGGGUAAACUAAAAGAACUGGAAACUAGAUGGGUUGGUUUAGUCAGUAAAAACUAUGAAAUUGAACGAGCAUGUGCCGAAAUAGAGAAAGAAAUAGCAAUGAAAGAGAGAAAAGUGAAUGGCAAAAAAUAAGACACAUGUUAAACAAUGUGUGUGUAUCAUAUAUGAAAAUUUUAAUAACGAAUGACAAAUAUCCACAAGAUCAUUGUCCGAGUUCCACUGUAUUUCACUAAUUAAUGGAGAGAUGUACAUGGUUUUCUAAGAAUUAUCCACAUCUUCAUGACUAUUAAUUCCAAAUGUUAAUAAGAAUUUUAAAAGAUAACCAUCAUAUUGUUGUAAACAUUUAUUUUGUGAAUAAUUUCAUAUAAAACCAA